AUGAAAUGGAACGUCUUGGUGUUAUCUCAGUCCAUGAAGAGCCAAGCACUUGGUGUCAUCCAAUCGUUAUUGCACCUAAGAAAGAAAGAUAGUGACGAACUGAGAAUCUGCAUUGACUUCACUCACCUCAAUAAGUUUAUCCAGCGUGAAUUCCACCCUAGUAAUUCACCCUUCGAAGCUGUAACAAGCAUUCCUGCUGAAGAGCUCAAAUACUUCUGCAAAUUUGAUGCUCGUCAUGGCUACUGGCAAAUUCCACUGCACCCUGAGUCUCGUCCCUUAACCUGUUUCAUCACACCCUUUGGUAGAUAUGUGUGUAAUCGAGCCGCAUUCGGAAUCAGCAGUAUCAGUGAGUGGUACAACCGUCGCGUGGACAAAGUUGUCAAUGGCUUACAAGGUAUCCGUAAGAUCGUAGAUGAUGUUCUCGUCUAUGCACCAACCCUCUCUGCUUUGAAGAAACGCGUUCACGCCUUCCGAUGCUCCACGCAUGGGGUCAUACUGAAGCGUUCAAAGUCCCAGAUAGCUGUCACUGAAGCUGAUUUUGGCGGAUUUCACCUGUCAGAAUUGGGCAUCCAAUGCAGUUCAGAUCUCCUCAAGUCCAUCCGCGAUUUUCCACGACCGAAGAAUCUUACUGAUCUACGCUCCUGGUUUGGUCUGGUGAAUCAACUUGGCCAUUUUUCCCAGGAGAUAACCCAAAUCAUGGAACCUUUUCGCCCUCUGCUUCAGAAGAACUCAUGUUACCUCUGGUUGCCAGAACCUCUGGUUGCCAA